ACCCAGGAAAGAAGCAUGAAGUGGCUUGGGAUCCUCAUGCUGGUAGCCCUCUCAGAGUGCCUAGUCAUAAUUCCUCUAACAAAGAUCAAGACCAUGCGAGAAACCCUUAGAGAAAAAAACCUGCUGACAAAUUUCCUGGAGGAAAACACUGAUGACAGGUCCCAGAAUGCCACUGAUGACCUGAAUAUUACUCUUCUACCCAUGAAGAACUACCUGAAUCUGGCCUAUGCUGGCAACAUCUUCAUUGGAACACCCCCUCAGGAGUUCAGGGUGGUAUUUGACACCAGCACAGCUGACACGUGGGUGUCUUCCAUCCAAUGCGCCAGUUCCUCCUGCCGUACACACAAUCUCUUCAACCCUCAGCAGUCCACCUCCUUCCAGGUCACAGGCCAGUCCUUCAGUGUCAGAUAUGGUGUUGGGAGGAUUGUUGGAUAUGUUGGCUCUGACACGGUACAGAUCAUGAACCUUGUUGACAUGGGCCAGGAAUUUGGGCUGAGCGUGAAAGAGACUGGGUUGGAUAAUAUAUUCCCUGAUGGUGUCCUGGGCCUGGCCUACCCCAGCCGUGCUCCCAAAUGGAUCACACCUGUCUUUGACAACCUGAAUAAUCGAGGCCUCAUUUCUCAGCCUGUCUUUGCCUUCUACUUGAGCACCAGGCAGGAGAAUGGCAGUGUGGUGAUGUUUGGUGGGGUGGACCACAGCUACCACAAAGGAGAGCUCAAGUGGGUACCAGUGUCGCGGACCCACUUCUGGCAGAUAAGCAUGAACCGCAUCACCAUGAAUGGGUGGACUGUUGGUUGUUUCCUUGGAUGCCAAGCCAUUGUGGAUACCGGGACUGCGUUUCUUCUUGGCCCAAAUAAACUGGUCACUGCCAUCCACAAGCUUAUCAAAGCCACUUCUUUUGGUGAAGAGCACGUGGUUAAAUGUGACAGCGUUAGACACCUGCCUACAAUCAUCUUCACCAUUAACGGCAAUGACUAUCCAGUGCCCGCUGAAGCCUACAUCUGGGAGGAUCCUCAAGGUAGUUGUAUCAGCUUUCUCCGAGGGGGCACAGAGACCUGGAGUCAGUCUGAGAUCUGGAUCCUGGGUGAUGCCUUCCUGAGGCUGUAUUUCUCUGUUUACGAUCGUGGAAACAACAGGAUUGGCCUGGCUCCUGCAGUGUAA